GCUGGCCGCAGGACCGGGGCUGGAGAGCGCAGCGCGCCGGCCGCCGCCAGCCCCGCGGGAGCCCCCCGGCCCUGCGGCUCGGCGCGUCAGAGUGAUCCCGGCCGGCGCCAUGGACCGAGGCCGGGUGCUGGAGCAGCUGCUCCCAGAGCUCACGGGGCUGCUCAGCCUCCUGGACCACGAGUACCUCAGUGACACCACCCUGGAGAAGAAGAUGGCCGUGGCCUCCAUCCUGCAGAGCCUGCAGCCCCUCCCAGCACAGGAAGUCUCCUACCUGUACGUGAACACAGCCAACCUCCACUCCGGACCCAGCUUCGUGGAGUCUCUCUUUGAAGAAUUUGACUGUGACCUGAGUGACCUUCGAGACAUGCCGGAGGACGAUGGGGAGCCCAGCAAAGCAGCCAGCCCUGAGCCAGCCAAGAGCCCACCUCUGAGAAAUGACGCUGACCUGCCUCCACCCCUCCCCAACAAACCUCCACCCGAGGACUACUAUGAGGAGGCCCUGCCCCUGGGACCCGGCAAGUCCCCGGAGUACAUCAGCUCCCACAAUGGCUGCAGCCUAGCCCCCUCGAUUGUGGACGCCUACUACGAGGAUGCAGACAGCAGCUACCCCGCGAUGAAGAUGAACGGGGAGCUGAAGAGCUCCUACAAUGACUCUGAUGCAAUGAGCAGCUCCUACGAGUCCUACGAUGAGGAGGAGGAGGAAGGGAAGGGGCAGCAGCCCACGCACCAGUGGCCCUCGGAGGAGGCCUCCAUGCACCUGGUGAAAGACUGCAGGAUAUGUGCCUUCCUGCUGCGCAAAAAGCGCUUCGGGCAGUGGGCCAAGCAGCUGACCGUCAUCAAAGAGGACCAGCUCCUGUGUUACAAAAGCUCCAAGGACCGACAGCCGUAUCUGAGGCUGGCCCUGGACGUCUGCACCGUCAUCUAUGUGCCCAAGGACAGCAGGCACAAGAGGCACGAGCUGCGCUUCUCCCAGGGAGGCGCCGAGGCCCUGGUGCUGGCGCUGCAGAGCCGGGAGCAGGCCGAGGAGUGGCUGAAGGUCAUCCGAGAGGUGAGCAAGCCUGUUGGAGCAGCCGAGGGGGUGGAGGUCCCCAGAUCCCCAGUCCUCCUGUGCAAGCUGGACCUGGAUAAGAGGCUGUCCCAAGAGAAGCAGACCUCAGACUCCGACAGCCCAGGCAUGGGUGACAGCUGUUCCACCCUUGGCCGCCGGGAGGCCUGUGAACAUGGUAAAGGAAAGAAGAGCAGCCUGGCAGAGCUGAAGGGCUCGGUGAGCAAGGCUGCUGGCCGCAAGAUCACUCGCAUCAUCGGUUUCUCCAAGAAGAAGCCACUGGCCAAUGACCUGCAGACACCCUCCGCCGAGGAGGAGGUUCCCUGCUGCGGCUAUCUGAACGUGCUGGUGAACCAGGGCUGGAAGGAACGCUGGUGCCGCCUGAAGUGCAACACUCUGUAUUUCCACAAGGACCGCACGGACCUGCGGACCCACGUCAAUGCCAUUGCCCUCCACGGGUGUGAGGUGGCCCCGGGCUUUGGGCCCAGACACCCAUUUGCCUUCAGGAUCCUGCGCAACCGGCAGGAGGUCGCCAUCUUGGAGGCAAGCUGCUCAGAGGACAUGGGCCGCUGGCUGGGACUGCUGCUGGUGGAGAUGGGCUCCAGAGUCACCCCUGAGGCCCUGCACUAUGACUACGUGGAUGUGGAGACCUUAACCAGCAUCGUCAGUGCUGGCCGCAACUCCUUCCUAUAUGCACGUUCCUGCCAGAAUCAGUGGCCUGAGCCCCGGGUCUAUGAUGAUGUUCCUUAUGAAAAGAUGCAGGAUGGGGAGCCCGAGCAUCCCCCAGGGGCCCAGGUGAAGCGCCACGCCUCCUCCUGCAGUGAGAUGUCCCACCGAGUGGACCCGCAGGUCAAAGUCAAGCGCCAUGCCUCCAGUGCCAAUCAAUACAAGUACGGCAAGAAUCGAGCUGAGGAGGAUGCCCGGAGGUACCUGAUGGAAAAAGAGAAGAUGGAGAAAGAGAAAGACACCAUCCGGACAGAGCUGAUGGCCCUGCGGCAGGAGAAGAGGGAGCUAAAGGAGGCCAUCCGGAACAGCCCAGGAGCAAAGUUAAAGCUUCUGGAGGAGGCCUUGUCUACCCUGGAAGCUCAGUGUCGGGCGAAAGAGGAACACCGGAUCGACCUGGAGCUGCGGCUCGUGGCUGUGAAGGAGCGCUUGCAGCAGUCCCUGGCAGGGGGCCCAGCUCUGGGGCUUUCUGUGACCAGCAGGAGUGGGGAAACAGCAAAUAAACCCCAGAACAAUGCCUCAGAGCAACCUCUCCCUGUCAACUGCGUUUCUGAGCUGAGGAAGAGGAGCCCAUCCAUCGUAACCUCCAGCCAAGGAAGGGUGCUACAGAAAGCCAAGGAAUGGGAAAUGAAGAAGACCUAGAAAGAGGAUGAAAAUUUCAUCUCCAAGGAAAUAUCAACUUGUUCAUCUAAGGCAGAAAUGCUUUUCUCACAUGGAGACACCAGGAAAAGACUGGAAGUAGCCCUCCAUUCUCUGGGGAACCCCAAAGACCAACCUUUAUUGUCUACAUGAUUUGGGGGGAUAUAUGGGGUGGGAAGAAGAAAGGAAGAGGGAAAUGGAGGACAUCUUUAUUACUUAUGAAAAUGGGACUGGGGGAGGCAGAAUUGUGCAUAAUCGCAAAAGUUUUGUUAGAUGUCUUUGCCUUCCCUUCUAAAGGAAAAAUGAAAGCACAUGUGAGUAAGCCAUUCCACCCAUACUCAGCAUCCCAUUCCCCAUCCUUAGGCAAAGGAAAGCAAUGCUAAAGCAUCUGUGGUGCAGUGUAAAAAGAUAAGACGAUUAUCGGAUCACACUUUCUCCAAUUAGAUUCAUGUUGGGCAUUAAUGACAACUUCUGGGCAAGACAAAUAGGCUUAAAAUUCAAUCGAAUUUUCCCUGCCUGUUUAAAGUGGAACAAAAGCUAUAAAGAACAUCCAAAUUCUACAAUCAUUCCUCAGCAGAGUGAAGCUAUUGGAAUCUUCCAAAUUUGAGUGAUUUCAAAUCGGAAAUCUGAGUGUGCAGCAGGCUAGGAGAGGUUGAGCAGCUGACAUAUUUUAAGCUUUCAGUGACACUGACAGGAGCAUGAAUUGCUAAUGUCCACAGGUGGGGUCAUUGGCUGUCAGGCAAGCCCUUUGACCUAUUUUUAUAUGAUGUUCAGCCUCCUGGGGCUAUGGGUAGAAAUCCAUGUGACUCUUUAGGUCUUUAUCCUGAUGGAGUCUUCAUCUUGCACUCAGAGGCCCACUAGUCUGCCCUUCCAUAUCUGCUAUAAAGUAAAAUUAUCAGGGGAAACCAAGAGGACAGUGGCUCAUUUCUGCCACAUGGAUGUUGAGCCCUUUAUAAAUACUUGAUACUCUUAAAGGGGCAGCAAGGAUCUCAAGUCCUGGGCAGUCUCAUGUACUGUGCCACUCACUACUGUCUUAAUACUGUACGCACUUUAUGAGUCUUUAACUCAUUUCCCUCCAAUAAAGAUAAAAUCAUUUAACUAAAAGCAGAGGUUAAACACUCAAGGGGAGAGAAGGGAAAUCCCAGAACAGCCUCUGGACGCUUUGCUAGAGGUUUUACAUAUUUUACCCCACCCAUACAUUACUACCCUCUGAGGUAGUUGGAAAAUAAGGUGGGGAAGAUAUCCUGGCCAAAGCCACCCAACUGGUCAGUGGCAGAGCCUGGAUCCAGACAGGGUUGGGUUUGAACCCUACCUCUGUCACUAACCACAGCUGGGUGACCUUGGGAAAGUCAUGUGGCCUCUGAUUCUGGCUUUCCUUAUUUGUGAAGACAAUUAACAAUUGUACCUUUCUCCCAAGACUGCUGGGGGGAUUCAGUGAAAUAUGUAAGAAGCAUAAUAGCCAUUUGAUACUGGCUAUUCUCAUUGGCUAGACAAGAAUUGUCUGACUUAGAUGCCUUUGUUCUCUCCACUAAAGACGUGACUUUCACAUGCUAAUUACAGCCAUCAAGAGCUAAAUGA